UAUCCUGAGAAUAUUCCUUCCUUUGGAAAUUGUCUAAAUGUUGAUCAUGUCAGUCAGAGAUCUUUCACUUCAUCUGUUGGAUCUGGGAUAAUUUUACCAUCACAAGUCGUUACAAAGGGCCACCCUUUGGCGACAUCAACUCAUUUGUUAGAUCAGACUCCAUCAUUGCACAGAGAAGAGAGCAUUGGUGUUAGCCCCCAUCUCCUUGAUGAUAAUUUACGAAUGCUUGCACUGAGGCAAAUAUUGGAGUUAUCUAAGCAACAACAUGCCUUUCCUUCUUUUGGAAUGAACAAACGGGAUGGAAGAUGUGAUGGUGUUUCUUAUUUACAUCAUUCCUUUGCUGAGUCUCCAGCAGCUGGGGAACAAUUUAAUGGACCCGGUCCAAUCAGUAGUAGGGAAGUUUCUGAAGCCACUGCAAAAGCACGCUUAGGCCUAGCUGGUGCUACUAGCAUGACUGGCUGCUGUGAUUUGUCGACACUGAUAAGAGGAAUUCCAAUACAUACGAAAGAAAUUGCUGUUCAAGGUCAACGUUCUAGUGAGCAGUCCUCAAUGAGAAAUGAAAAGAAUGUUGCUGGACCAAGUGAGCAUGAAAAACGCUGCAGAGUACCUUCUAUGUGUUCCCAGCGCAGCUGCAAUUGCUCAGUACAUAUGAAUUGUUUUACGACGAAUUUGGAGUCAACAGUUGGAAGCUGUCCUAUUGCCUUAAAGGAGCAAAGAGGAUUGGUAAAUGGAGAAGCAUCUGUCAUAUUUGGUUCAAAGUUUGCUAAGAAUCAUAUUGUUCAAAAUGAUGAAAUCAUUUCUUCAGAUCAAGGAGAAAAAUUAAAUGAGAAACUACCCAACAAUAUCGGCGGUCAUGCUUCCCAGUGGAGAGAUGUUCCAAGCAAGGUGAAAAGGGUUUCUACUACGAUGUGUAGGGAUAGUUCUGCUGAAUGCAUUAAUGUUACGAUGCAGACAAAGAACUCCUCUAAAGAGAAUGAAACUUCUAAUAUCUCUUCUGGAUCUUCUGCCCCUGCGGUUACUCAGCUGUCAGUUGAAGUUAACAAGACGGAUUACUCUUGUGCUGAUGCUGGAAAUACUGGGUGCGUUAGCAAUCUCGUAGUUGAUGAAGGAUCAGGCAUAGACAAAUGCUGGUCAUCAGAUGAUGCACGUGGAAGUGAAAGAAGCGAAGAUUUUCAUGGUGAUAAUUGUAAGACUAGCUUUACAGAAUCUGGGUCUUCCAAGAAUGCAAACUGUAAGUCGUCAAGAAGUCUUCUUGAUGAGCUUAAGCUCAUAAAUUCUUUAACAUGGAAGAAAGGUCCAAAGCAAAUCCAAACCGGAACCUUCCUUAACGAAGAGGACCAUCUUUCCAUUAAGUUGAAUAGAUGCCUAAAGAAGGGGAAGAAGAAUAGAGAUUGUUCUUCUCUAGUACAUGAUGAAAGUAAUGAAGGAACUAAUUCCGCUGAAUUUCCCUCUUCUGCAUCCCAACAGAUACAUUCCUUAUCCAGCCACAGGAAAAAUUUUGGAUCCUGUUCAAAUCAGCAGAAUUCUGAGCAUAGAUUGACUACAUUUUCUACUAUGAAGAAACCUUCUCGUAAAAGAGACAUAUACAAAAUUUACAAUGACAAAGAGGAGAAAGAUGUUUCUUCGUGUGAAACUCCUGAAAUAUCAGCUGCAAAGAGAUACAAAAAGGAUUGCACUUCUACUUCUAAUGGGCGGAGUCUCAUUGAGGAGCAAACUCAUGGUGGCUCUAGAACAAAGAAUAAGUACAAUUCAAUAGGUUGUAUGAGGUCAUCUCUUAACUGCCAGGCCAAUACUCGUCAUUGCAAGUCUAAGCCAAUAGUAUGUGGGAAAUAUGGAGAACUAUCUGAUGGGGAAUUGGUUGGAAACAUGUCAAAACCAGCAAAAAUUGUUCCACUCAGUAGGGUUCUUAUGUUGGCCAGAAGAUGCACACUUCCCAAGAAUGAAAAACGUACAUUUACUUCUAUUAGAGGGAUGAAGACCCACAGUGAUGGAGCUGAUGGAUUCCACCGUUUAAGAACUGAGAAGGAAAGCCGAAGCCAUGAUGCUGCAGUUUCUGGUAAAUUAAAUAAUGAAACUUUCUUGGAAAUAAUGAAGAAUAGAUGCUCCGGCAGAGAUGAUAAGUUUGCUGAAGAUUUGUCCAUGUUGGAGAUAGAGAGACAUGAGAACGAGAAAGCUUGUGGAAAAGAAGAUAGUAUUGCUCAUGCUCGGUUGAAGUCAAGAUCUAAGGAAAUUCGCAAGCGCAGUAUUUAUGAACUGGCAGUUGAUGGGGAGGCUCCUCAUAACAAAACUCUCUCUCUUUCAAAGGCAUCAAAAUGCUCUCCAGAAGUUUCAAAGGGUACAAUUUUGGGCAAUGGUGAAGAUGGGACGCAUGGAUUAUGCGAAGUGGCUCAAAAAUCUCCAGACCAAAUAUGGUCAUCUCUUCCGGUUUCAGAAUCAUUCUGCUGUGUCUGUGGUAGCUCAGACAAAGACGAUACUAAUAAUUUACUGGAGUGCAAUAUAUGUUUAAUCAAAGUGCACCAAGCUUGCUAUGGUGUUUCCAGAGCACCUAAAGGCCAUUGGUAUUGCAGACCAUGUCGGACGAGUUCAAGAAACAUUGUUUGUGUUCUUUGUGGUUAUGGAGGUGGUGCAAUGACGCGAGCGCUGCGGAGUCGCACAAUUGUGAAAAGUCUUUUGAGAGUUUGGAAUGUUGAAACAGAAUGGAAGGCUUUGUCUGUCAAGGAUUUGGAAACACUGACCAGGUUGAAUUCCUCUGGUCCUGAACGUGAAGAAGGUACCUCAUUUCCUAUGUGUCAACCUGAAAAUACCAAACCAUUGGCAUCGGUUGUCUGCAAAAUGGAUAUGCCAUACAAUGUGGAUGUUUUGCGGAAUUCCCUUUGUGUUAAAAAGUUAAAGGUGGAUAAUAGUAUCACAGCAGGAUUUCUUGAUUCAACAACUAAGCAGUGGGUUCAUAUGGUUUGUGGGCUUUGGACUCCUGGAACUCGAUGCCCAAACGUUGACACUAUGAGUGCUUUUGAUGUAUCUGGUGCUCCACAUCCCAGAGCAGAUGUUGUGUGUUCUAUGUGUAAUCGUCCUGGUGGCUCAUGUAUAAAGUGCAGGGUUUUAAACUGUUCUGUUCGGUUUCAUCCCUGGUGUGCUCAUCAGAAGGGUCUGUUACAAAGUGAGGUUGAAGGUAUUGAUAACGAGAAUAUUGGCUUUUACGGAAGAUGUGCACGUCAUGCUACACAUCCAAUGUGUGAAUCUGAUUCUGACCCAGCUGACACUGACAGGGUAGCUGGUGGUUCAGCAGUAGAGGAAUUAACGUGUGCAAGGACUGAGGGUUACAAGGGCCGUAAACGUGAUGGCGUUAGGCAUAAUUAUUGUCAAUCAAAGGGCAAAGUUGGAUGCUAUGUUCCUCAGGAGCAGUUAAAUGCUUGGAUUCACAUUAAUGGGCAGAAGUCAUGCAUACAGGGGGUUCAUAGACUACCCACAUCAGACAUUGAACAUGAUUGUCGGAAGGAAUAUGCUCGUUACAAACAAGGAAAGGGUUGGAAACAUCUGGUGGUUUAUAAGUCUGGAAUACAUGCCCUUGGCCUUUACACAUCUCGGUUCAUAUCCCGCAGUGAAAUGGUUGUUGAGUAUGUUGGUGAGAUUGUGGGGCAACGUGUUGCUGAUAAGAGGGAAAAUGAGUAUCAGUCCGGAAGAAAACUUCAGUAUAAAAGUGCUUGCUACUUUUUCCGGAUCGAUAAAGAGCAUAUUAUUGAUGCUACACGCAAAGGAGGAAUUGCUCGCUUUGUUAACCAUUCAUGUCUGCCCAAUUGCGUCGCCAAAGUGAUAUCCAUAAGGAAUGAAAAAAAGGUUGUCUUUUUUGCGGAGAGAGACAUUUUUCCUGGAGAAGAGAUUACGUACGACUACCAUUUUAACCAUGAGGAUGAAGGUAAGAAGAUACCAUGUUUUUGCAAUUCAAAGAAUUGCAGACGCUACUUGAACUAAGAAUACAACAUUUGUUUCUCGUGUAAAUGGUAUUGGAGAAGAUGCGGGUCACGUGAUUGUGGGUAUCUCAUCAUCAAGUGUACCCUAUUUUUUACACUCAAAAGUGAAUAGAAAGGAAGCUAG